UGUGACGUAUACCACUAGAUGUGGCUCAGACGAGGCAUUGUUUUGUGUAUAUGAGUGGCGUGAGUAAGCCAAGUUAUCAGUAGUAGCUUACUCUUCAACUCGCAGUGCAUUUCCUCGCACGAUGUCGAGACCUCCAGGUUUAGGUACCCGGCACUGCCAAGCGCUCAUGACAUUUUCGUCAAUCGUCUUGGAUUUCUCUAUACGCUCUAAUCUCUCCAUAGGCAUUGUGGCAAUGACCGACAAUACGAGACCAAAUCCAAGCCUCCCGGUACUGCCUUGGACUAGCUCCCAAAAGGGUAUCAUUUUGGGUUCCCUCUUCUGGGGAUAUUUCCUGACGACAGCCCCAGGAGGUCAUCUGUCGCGCAAGUGGGGACCCAAGUACUUGAUGUUCGCCGCCAUGUUGGUUUGUGCCGUCAUAAGUAUACUUUGCCCCUUCAUCGCUCUCAACUACGGUUGGUUCGCCUUCAGUCUCAGCAGAGUAGUUCUCGGUCUCGCACAGGGAUUUUUACUCCCUUCAGUACAUACCCACCUUGCGAAGUGGACACCACUACAGGAAAGAAAUAGAACAAUAGCUAUUGUAAUAAGUGGUUCAACUGUAGGAGUAGUAGUGACAAUGCCCAUAGCCGGGUACCUGGCCGCCAGUUCGUGGGGCUGGCCCAGUAUCUUCUACUGUACCGGACUGUGCGGUGUAUUGUGGUCUGCAGUCUGGCUGUUUGUGGGCGCCGACUCUCCAGAAUCCCACCCUUCCAUCAGCGACAGAGAGCGGGAGUAUAUAAUAACAACUCGCAUCGGAAGUUCUUCACAUAGUCAAACUAUGAAGACUCCAUGGUGGCCUAUUCUUACCUCAAAACCAGUGUGGGCAUUGACUGUAGCUCAUUUCUCUCACAACUGGGGAAAAUGGACGCUUCUGACAGAACUCUCCAGCUAUUUGAGACAUGUUUAUGGGUACGAUAUAAAAAGUAAUGGUUUGAUAUCAGCACUACCACAUCUAUGCAGUCUAAUCAUGAUGGUAGUAUUCUCAUGGGCGGCAGAUGUUAUAAACUCGAGAGAAUUAGUUUCAUUGACUUCAUCUAGGAAGAUUUCAAGUACUAUAGCUCAGUGGGGUGGUGCCAUAGCUCUGUGCGGGUUACCGUUCAUCUCUAGCCCUACAAGUGCAGUAACUCUCCUCACAGUCUCAAUAGCUCUCGGAGCGGCGUCCUACACGGGCAGUCUUCCGAAUCCUUUGGACCUCUCUCCCAACUUCACAGGACUUGUCUUGGGUAUCACAUUCGGGCUUGGCUCACUCUCUGCCAUCCUUGGGCCUUCCUUAACAGGAUUCAUCGUCACUGAUGAGGUUGGUCUCAUAUAA